CACAAAACGUGUUUCUGUUUACCUCUGGUGAAACACCGACACGCGUGGUCGCGAUAAGCUGGUUUGGUUUUUACCUGGGGAUUGAGGUGGAGGCUAGGCGGCAGCACGAGGCCCUAGCCCGGGCCGCAGCCACCUGGUCGGUGCCGUCUGUUAGCGUCCACCGACUGAUGAAACUGCGAUGUUCUGGUUGUUAGCAGCGAGGCUAACUCGGCUAAUUUACCUUAGGAACCUUUAGGAAGGGACGAUGAUUGAGAACAUGACUGCAGCCGUUCUGGUUGUGAUGCUUCUCUGUGCUGUUGGGGAUGUUUGGGCUGGUUCUGACUGCAGCACAGAACCAGGCGGCGGGUCGUGUGUCCUGUCGGCUGCUGUUGAUGUGCAGCGAGCCGAGCAGAGCCAGAGGCAACACCUGGAGGUUCUGUUCAACAGAUACGGAGAAAACGGAACCAUCUCUCUGCUGGGGUUGAAGCGUCUGCUGCAGAACGUGGGCCUCGACCGGAUCAGAGCCGUUAUGGUGAAACACCGUGAGCAAGCAAGCCACCACCACCAUCACCACCACCAUCAUCACCACCAUAACAACCAUCCUCAUCACCAUGGCAACAGCACUGACCUGCAUGUUCAGGUCAUCAAGUCAACAAAGAGUCCUGAAAAUGAAAACUCUGCUGCGGGGAUCCGAACCGAGAACCUGGACGUUCAGGUCUCUCUGCACGGCGCCAAACCCUCCGUGGCGUCUGCUCAGGUUGUCGGAACCACAGAGGAGUACGGAACCCAGCUGGUGGUGAAGCCAGAGGGCAGAAGGUCUGCUCGACUGAGUCGCUCAUCCGAGGAAACCGUGACGAUUACUGAUGCUGCUACGGAGAGUCUGACGGCUGCAGUCAGCCGAGACGACCACGAUGAGGCAGAUGAUCAAGAUCACCUCCAGAACCGCAGCCUGAACCGGAUUGAGUGCCUGAACGCCUCCAGCCUCCUCGCCUCACACGGGAUGUCUCAGGAAGUGGGCGUCGCCCUCAGAGACUUCAGCUACCUCUGCCCUGCCCUCCUGAACCAAAUUGACAGGGGGGCGUGCAUCGUGCACGGAGACUCCUCCUCCCGACUCCAGGAGAGCAGUAGGAACGUCGGAAAGCGACUAGGAGCUGACUCGGAACAUAAACACCAUGAACAUGCUCACGGUCACCAUGGCGACCGAAACCACUCAGUCAACAGCCUCAGCGAGCUCGGUGAUGGCGGCGGUGAGAACAGCAGGAACAUCUCGACAGCGUGGCUCGGCGGCUUCCUCUCCAUCACCAUCAUCAGCCUCCUCUCGCUGCUCGGCGUCAUCCUCAUCCCCCUCAUGAACAGGGUCUUCUUCAAGUUCCUCCUCAGCUUCCUGGUGGCGCUGGCCGUGGGCACGCUGAGCGGCGAUGCCUUCCUGCACCUCAUCCCCCACUCUCAGGGAAGCCACCACCAUCAUCACCCCGAGGGCUUUGAGAUGAGCGUAGAGGAGCCUCAUCUUCACGAUGAAGGAGAGGAGAACAUGGACGCCGUGUGGAAGGGCCUGACCGCUCUGAGCGGUGUUUACUUCAUGUUCCUCAUCGAACACUUCCUGACACUCGGGAAAAUGUACAAAGACAAGAAGCAGAAGGUCCACAAGAAGUGGGACCAGAAUGAUAAACAAGAACCAGGGAAGCAGCCCGCUCUAGAGGACCUGAAGCCGAUGGAAGAUGUGGAGACCAAUGGCACCAGCACAUUUGGCGACAACUCGAGCAGCGUGGCAGAGGAGGAGCAGGUGAUGUUGGCACCGCAGGUCUCCAUCGUUUCGCCGCAAGAUUAUGGGCGGCCUUCCAGCGCCGACGCCUACACAGCGGAGGAUUGUGAGAACAAGUGCCACUCCCAUUUUCAUGACACAGUGGGCCAGGCCGACAGCAUGCACCACCACCACCACGACUACCACCACAUCCUGCACCACCACCACUCCCAGAACCACCACCCCCACAGCCACUCCCACUCCUACUCCGAGCAGCAUUUCCAGCAGGCGGGCGUGGCCACACUCGCCUGGAUGGUCAUCAUGGGAGACGGGCUGCACAACUUCAGCGACGGCCUGGCCAUCGGGGCCGCCUUCACAGAGGGACUGUCCAGCGGCCUCAGCACGUCUGUGGCGGUCUUCUGUCACGAACUGCCUCACGAGUUGGGUGACUUUGCGGUGCUGCUGAAGGCGGGAAUGACGGUGCGCCAGGCCAUCCUUUACAACGUGCUGUCGGCCAUGAUGGCCUACCUCGGCAUGGUGACUGGCAUUGUGAUUGGACACUACGCUGAAAACAUCUGCAUGUGGAUCUUCGCCCUCACAGCUGGACUCUUCAUGUAUGUGGCGCUCGUGGACAUGGUACCGGAGAUGCUGCACAACGACGCCGGCGACCACGGCUUCAGCCACUGGGGCUUCUUCUUCCUGCAGAACGCCGGCAUCCUGCUGGGCUUCUGCAUCAUGCUGCUAAUCGCUCUCUUUGAGCACAAAAUCCAGCUGGACCUGGAAUUCUGAUUGGCUCCUAGCUCCGUGCAUUCCAGCGCCUGCGGCUGAUGUUCGUAUUUGUUGUUGACGACUCCUUUCAACUGGUUUUAGUUUACAUUUUCAUAUCGUUGGAACAAAGAGGUGAGCAGGACCUCGCUGCUUGUGGGGUUCAGACGCUGCUUCUUCAGCUGAACUUUGGUGUUCCUCAGAAGGUCGUUCAGGUUGGUUUUAAGCUGGACCCUUUACCCCAGACGAUGGCUCCUGGAUCACUUCUGUUGGCUUCUCAUCCUCCUGACUAGGUGUGCUUAGCCACAUAUGCUUUUAGUUUCUUCUGCAUUAUGUCGUUUUGACCAUCAUUCAGGCGCAUCUCUGCAUCUGAAGGUUUAUUUUUAACAGAGUGAUGUUUUUAUUCCUGUUCCGGUUAGACCUUACCUCCGCAUGCCUGAUGAAUGAUCAGAGAUGAGUCGGCAGCUGCUGAUAAUCACACUAACAGUUAAAGACUCAUAUCCUCAUUUCUGUGGCAUAUUUAUCUUAUUUGAGCGUGUUCCAGAAAAUAAUCCAGCUGUAAAGAACUUUUUUUUGGGUCAAAACUCUAAACAAGAGGGAACAAAAGUAUUUUCUGCUCAUUUUCACCCAAUUCAAGGAAGCAGAAGCUUCUCAUGUUGGUAAAAGAAUGAAAUCCUGUUGAGUGUGAACGAAUCCCGGUCUGCUCCAUGCCCUACGGACUGGCUUCAGUGGGUUUGGUUCUGACGGCUUUAAUGGUUCUGUUUGUUUAGAUGUAAGCUGGCAGCUCAAGUUUAAACCUGUCAAAGAUCUGUUUCUGUUACAUUUGUUUUGGUCAGACUCUGGGACUGGCAGGAUCCUGGGUUGGUUCUGAUCUGAAGGUCAAACGUGUUUCCUCACCACAUGACGCUCACCUGUGACAUGUACAGUAUUUUCUGUGUAAAUACAUUCGUCCUCCUGUAAAUGUGUUAGAGACGUUGAUUCUACGUUCUGUCAACACAAACCUCUGGAAUUGUGUGAAAAUGUGAUUAAAGGUGGAAGAGAAUGAGUUAAA